GCAAUGGUUCACAAAUUAGAUCCACCAAAUCUGGAGUUUAGACCAGACAACUCCUAUACUAAAGAAACACCAGACACGAUAGAAGUAGAUACUCCACUCCAAAAGCAGGUUGCAACAACCAACUCAGAACUAGACAAAACAAACAUAGCACUACAAAGUGCAGAAUCCAACUCAUUAGCUAAAGAAUCAGAUAUAUCUAUGCCAGAUUUCUAG